UCUCAUCUCAUUUGCUUUCUUCUCCAUUUUUUCGCUCCUUUGCUUUCCUUUGUCCGUCGUGAUGGAGUUCAACUUGAAAUUUUGGAUUUCUCUACUACUGCUGAGCAUCCUCCUCUCUCUCCUGUCUCUCUCGUGUGCGGCGGGCGGCUCACCAUGUGAUAAUAUUUACCGCGGUUUCUCGUCCUGUCUGCUGCGGCUUGGAGAGAACAUGGCCCAGUAUGUGGAGCAGGAGCUGAGAGACUCCCAAGAGAUCGACAAUGUGUGCGCUCACUGGGAUGAGUUCCAUGCUUGUGGAAUGGCUUCUAUCUCCGGCUGUCAGCUGGAGGUUCAGAGUGUGUGGGACUCUCUGCGCCGGGAGUCUGAGAAGCUCAGUGUCCAGGGGAACCUGUAUAAUCUGUGCAGGAGGCAGGAGCAAACAAACCAGGACUGGCUCACUGGAUCUGGAGGACAGAACCGAGCCACACUGGGUCUGGUACUGAGCGUCACAGUGACCCAGGUGCUCACCAAUACAGGGCUAUAACUGAUGCUUUUAUGCAACCUUAUUAUUAUUAUUCUAACUGUAGCGAACUAUAUCAUCCCUAAAUCUUUACCUCUGUUUUGUGAUAUCACUCGCUACACAAGUCUCAAAUGUGCAGUUUUGAAAGAAACAUUUAUAAAAGUUCAGCGCAGUAAAUUCGAACAGUAAAUUAGCAGAUCUCCUCUCUGUGCUUUACAAUGCUUCCCUAUGCUUUACCAGACCUCUCUGUGCUUUACAAUGCUUCCCUAUGCUUUAC